AUGUUGAACGCGGUGUGGAAUGUUCUUCUUGUGAUUAUUUUAAUUUUCUUCAUAAAGAAAAUAGUUCAACAUACACCAAAUAAAAUCAAAUUUUAUUUCUAUUUUUUCAUCUACUAUCUCGCAGGAAGUCUAUUAGCAUGUGUUAUUUGGCCAUACUUUUUGCUAAAUCCGAAAAAUGUAAAAAAUGCAAAAGCAGCAGCUGGCAUUUUUAAGUACGUAACAAGACUUUAUGAUCUUAAAUGGGAAUUGCGAAAUAGUGAAAUUCUAGCGGAAGAACGCGGAGCUAUAAUUGUCUCGAAUCAUCAGUCAUCUCUUGACGUACUAGGACUCUUCAACAUAUGGAAUGUGGUAGAUAAGCUAACAGUUAUCGCUAAGAAAGAAGUAUUUUACGUGUGGCCGUUUGGACUAGCGGCUUACCUUGCUGGUGUCGUAUUCAUAGAUCGAAGAGACACGAAGGGAGCUUAUAAGCAACUGAGAGAAACCUCGGAACUUAUGAAGAAAAAGACGAAGAUUUGGUUGUUUCCGGAGGGCACUCGAAAUAAGGACUUCACAAAAUUAUUGCCCUUUAAAAAAGGUGCAUUUUCUAUGGCAAUAAUUGCACAACAGCCAGUUAUUCCAGUUGUUUUUUCACCGUAUUAUUUCAUAAAUAAAAAGAAAUAUAUCUUCAACAAAGGUCACGUUGUGAUCCAAUGCCUUGAUCCCAUAUCCACGGAAGGAAUGACGAUGGAUGACGUGUCCAGACUGACAGAAAAGGUCCAUGAUGUAAUGGAAAAAGCUUAUAAAGAUCUCUCUAAAGAAGUUUUUAGCUCUCUACCAUCCGACUACCCUCACACUUUAGAAGGAUAACUAUUUUGCGUCAAACCACAUUUAUUUGUGUUGGAAACCAAAGACACGUAGUAUUAGGUAGGGGGAACAUAAAAAUGUAUCCCAAAACUUAGAACUUUUGUUAGAAAUAUUAAGUAAAGAAUAAGUUUUAUUAGCUC